GCAACACGUGCAUUAACAAAGUACAGCAUUAUAAAGUCGAGUCGGAUGCAGCGGACGCUGGCUUUACAGGGGUAUAUUCAGUCCUAGCUGCCCUGAUCAACCUGCUCGUAGCCAGUUUCACUGCUAUCGCGUGACCACAACCACCUCUUGCCACAUCAAAACACCAACAGAAACAUGCCAGGCGCAACGAAGGAAGAUCAAAGCCAGGUCCCCGAGCUCCUUUACCACACUUACCUGAGGGUCAAUAGUGGAGAGCCGGGAAGUCCCAAGGCUAUUCCUGAUGUCUACGUUCUCGCGACUUAUGGCACCCUGAACGCAGCGAAACAAUUCGCCCUGGGGGCCAUUUCGACCUUGGGCUACUCGAGGGACGACUUCGACCUCUAUGAAGAACGUCCCAAAAAUACUGAGCAAUGGGAGCACGGCGAUGGAGUCUUGGUCUACGCCAAAGCUCCCGCGGGACACGAGUUCAUUGUCGGCAUCGACACCAAGCCAAACACUGGCGAUCUCAAGGCAACAUCUGAAGGGUCGCUCAUCUUGCCAGAUGGAGCAGACCACCUGCACUACAUCCUGCAGACCAUGGUGGACUACAACACGGACCGGAAAGCCAACACGGAGAUUGAAGGCGCCUAUACCCGCAGGAACGACGCCAUUGAGGCUGCAAAGCGGUGCCUACUGGACGAGGAUCAGACCGAGGCCGACUUUGCGCAGUUUGACACCCGGGAGAGCUUGAACCUGAAGACAGAGGCCGAUUGGCCUUUUGGGGAAAAUGUUCUCGUCCACGCCAUUAAACCAACAGGAGAGAACUACUUUGUGUCUGUGGGAACGCCCCCUGAAGCGAAUAUCAAGCAUGGAAAGAAGGAACAGAAGCAAAAGCAGUGAACUUGAUUGACUGUUUCCGUACUUGCUGUGGACGCGGGCGGGAUCGACACGCCGGAGACGAUGGAGAUGCUUGUUGGAGUUCAAUGGCAAGAUCACAUGUUUCUACUAGGUGGCAAUUGUAAUAAUGGAGUAAAACUUCCCUGAGUAUCGUACGAUGGUGAAUUCAGGCUCAGUCUGACGUCCUUGACCGGAAGUCUCGGUGUCAGACCAAGACCUGACUGUGAAAACUUGU